AAUAUUUUCCUAGUUCCUUUUUCUGAGUUUUCUGUAAUGGAAUUCAGAACAACUGUGUUGUGUUUAACGUGCUGUAUACAUUAAGUUAAUUAAAGUGGAGUUAAAGAGAAAGGUUUGAGGUGGGAGAGAUGUAAGAACUGAAACAAAGGAUAAAAGGAGGUUAUGUACACCUAAUAAGGCUGGAGUGUGAGACAUGGUCUAGUUAAAAUAAGUUAGGUUUACAAGAUUUACAGGCUACCCCUCUACAUAAACACAUAGCACAUGCUGUAUAAUAUGAACUGCUUAUCACAGUAUUUGUGCAUAAAACCCAAACCAGCCUUCAAUCAUGCAAAGCUCCUCUGUCCUCAGAUGAACGCAAAUCAAGCUGGAGCUGUCAGUCUGCUGUAAUCAUGCUGUUAAAACAUUUGGGGGCCAUAUGUGGGCAUUAAGAGCUUUCCAGUUAUUGUCCAUUAGACAAAAAGGAAAAUACAAUUGUCAUGUACAGGCUGUUUGAAGUAGUCUUAAAUGUCUGAAGUGUUUCUUAGUUUAACCGGUGUAUUUUAAACUCGAGCAGCUUGCACACCACCCACACCAUCAGACUGUUACCAUCCAGUCUCUGUCAGCGUCUUAUAUCUGUGUUGUUAAUGUCCUUUUCAAUUUGUCUAAAUGUUCCAGCAUAUUUAAAUGUGUUUCCAUGAUGUGUUGUUCUGUCUCUCGUUGCCGCCAUCGCAGCGUGUGGCUCAUUGAAACUGCAUUGUCUUUCCAGGUGGCGAGCGUAACUGUGGAGUUCAUGAGCUCAUCUGCGUCAGAAAAGUCUCUCCGGAGGUGCUGGGGUUUCUGACGGCCAUCGGACUCUUCAUCAUCCUCAUGACCCUCCUGUUCUGGUACGUCAACAACAAGUUGUCACUAGAGAACCCAGGGAGCCUUCAGUGCCUUGAUGACUUCAGGAAAAAAAGUGAGAACCAAGACAAGGCCUACGCUGAUGCCGACCCGCAGGCCUCAUCGUCGGACAGCGAGGAUGAACUGAUGGGUCAGUAUCAGGAAGCGGUCAGCCGCUCCCAAGGCCUGCGGGGAGGAGCCAAGGCGGCCGCUACUACCAAACACGCAGGAGGUUUCAGCUGGGAGAGCCGUCAGAAGUACAGCCCUCUGACUGCUGAUUAUGACGGCUACAGCAGCGAAGCCUCGGCUGAGGACGCCAACUGCAUCCAGAGGAUGAGACGAACGCCGCCGCUGGACGAGCUUCAGCCGCCUCCCUAUCAGGAUGAGAACGGCUCUCCGAGGAUGUCCUGCACGCUGUCCGACCUGGGAGACGCCAAGUGUGAUCUGUCCUACACCAGCGGCAGUCCCCACCUGUCCUUUGGGAAAUGCCCCAGCGAGUGCAGCGACGGCCACGAGACCGAGAGUUACCUCAACAAGGGCUACGAGGAGGAUGUACCCAGUGACAGUACAGCUGUCCUCAGCCCAGAGGACAUGUCAGCCCGUGGAUCAGCAUCUCGGCUCCCUAAAGGUUACGAACCAGAUCCGGUCGCAAAAUAUGGCACUCUGGACGUGGUGUAUGACUACGACUCAGAGGACCAGCAGCUGGCGGUCACCAUCAUGGCAGUGUCGGAUCUUCCCGCCCUAAAACGCACUGGCAACAUCUCCUGGCAGGUCCACCUGGUGCUGCUGCCCACCAAGAAGCAGAGAGCCAAGACAGGAAUCCAGAGAGGUCCGUGCCCAAUCUUCACCGAGACCUUCCGCUUUAGCCACGUGGAGUCGGAGAUGAUCAGCAAUUACGCCAUCCGGUUCCGCCUGUACAGCAUGCGGCGGAUGAAGAAGGAGAAGGUGCUCGGGGAAAAGGUGCUCUACCUCACCAAGCUCAACCUUCAGGGCAAAAUGUCGGUGCCGGUCACAUUAGACCCGUGCUGUGCCCUUCCGGGUGGCGAAUCCCAGGUCAGCCUCUCCGACAUGACAUGCAGUGAAAGCGCCUCAUCAUUCCAGUCAGUCAGCCAGACAUCCACACCGGAGAUCCUCGUGGGCCUGGUGUACAACGCCACAACAGGACGUCUCUCUGUGGAGAUCAUCAAAGGCAUCCAUUUUAAGAACCUGGCUGCCAACAAGCCACCCAAUGGGCUGUUCUGUUGUCUAAAACACUUGAUAGGUGGACAGGUUUAUAUUAUCAGAGAUACAUAUGUUAAGCUGACCUUACUGAACUCCAUGGGCCAUGAGAUGUCCAAGUGUAAGACGUCCAUCCGUCGAGGUCAGCCCAACCCGACCUACAAAGAGACGUUUGUCUUCCAGGUAGCUCUUUUCCAGCUAUCGGACGUCACGCUCAUCCUCUCCGUCUACAACAAGCGCAGCAUGAAGCGCAAGGAGAUGAUCGGCUGGAUUUCGCUUGGCCUCAACAGCUCCGGAGAGGAGGAGCUCACCCACUGGACUCAGAUGAAAGAGUCUAAAGGACAGCAGGUUUGCCGCUGGCACAGUUUGUUGGAGUCCUAACAGUAAGAGGAAGCGAGGACAACUGCGCGGAGCAGUUGUCAUCCCAGACGGGCGAGAAAUGGGUGUAAGCUCAGCUGGGAUAAAGGGAUGUGACAGAUGUCCAGGCAACCAGGGUCAAUGGAGAUGAAGAGAAAGACACAGUCCGCACUCUUAACGUGGCACAGCAUAAAGCAUUGUCAUGGCGUUGUUUGUAAAAUCACUGACAGCCAUUGAUUAGUCAUACGGCUUGUAUCGUGAUGUAAUUGUUUUUCAUGGUUUGCCUUGUAAUGGCCUUUAAGUUUCUGUAGAUGGCACUCUUUUUUUGUCUGUUGAACUGGUUGAGCUGGGACCGUUAAAAGAAGCAGGUCCUGGAUGAAGUUGUUGAGUAAACUAUUGUCUGGUAAUUUUGUGUAUCCACACCUCCAGCUCAAACAACUGACGUCAGGAUUAUCCUUUAAUCUUAACAGAAAGGUUUACAACAUGAAUCAUUUGUUUUUCUGUCUGUAUACAAGAAGUUUAAAACAUAAAUUUAAGAGUUGACCAAGGAAAUAGCUUUCAAUUUAGAAGUCAGAACAUGGACAUGCAUGGACACUUUUCAAAUCAGUAGUAAUUAUUUUCUGUUUUGUCAUGGAUUCUGCAGCACCGUUGUUAAAGGCCUUGACAACAAAUUUUCUCAGUUUCUUACUAUGAAACUCGUACACAAAAUAUUCCACUGCAGUUAUUUCACAUGAGAGAUUUCUAUAUUAGUAUUCUUGCUCCUUGUUUUUCUCACUGGUUUGAAGUGGACAUGGCUUAAUUGGAAAAAGGUGAUUGUCAUGUAUUACCAUAAAGCAGCCAGAGUUACAGUCGUCAGGCAACAUUUGAAUGAAAAUCCUAUGACAGUUAUGAGUUUGUUUGCUUACGUUAACAGUACAAACAAACCACACCCACAGUUUUUGAUUGGCUAAGUCUAAAUAAAUAUUUACAGAAAAUUAUUUAUUUUUCCAAUCUUUAACUGGUGCUUUGUCAUUUCUUAAUCAAUAUUUAAGGUAACAGAGAUGUCUGUUGUUUAAGCCAGAGGUGUGGCUGCAUGAAGCUACCAUCACUCGUCAUGUAUCGAUCACGAUCAAAUCUGUGUUUUGGGCCAGAAACGUAGACUACUUCUUCCGUCCAGGGAAGUCAUUAGUGAGACAAGUUUCAUGAAUUGAACAUGGAUACAAUUUAGGUUAAAGUUAGGGUUGGUAAUCUUGAGAAACCAGCUAGAUUUUUAAAAAUGAUCGAACCGAAAAACCCAACCCAAUGUUCUGUGCUCUUUUCCAAUGAAAGUAGCGAGCAGCAGCACUAGCUCCAAAAGUCCCUAAAUCUAGCGAGAAAGUCGCCAAGUAGACAUCAUUGACAGCCCGUCCCUUCAGG